CAGACCUCACUCUCCUCAGCUCAGCUCAGGCUCAGCUCCUCUAUUAAUUCCUCCCCGACCACACAGCACCAACCAACUAAACCACCACCACCACCACCCCCCGCCGAGACAGUGACACUCUCCUUCCGCGGCAAUGGCGGCGGCGGGCGGUGCUGUGCUGCUGCUGGUGCUGGCGACCGCGACUUCGGUGACAGGGCAGCAUGACUACAGCGACGCGCUCCACAAGAGCAUCCUGUUCUUCGAGGGCCAGCGCUCCGGCCGCCUGCCACCCGACCAGCGCCUCCGCUGGCGCCGUGACUCCGCCCUCAACGACGGCGCCACCGCCGGCGUGGACCUGACGGGAGGGUACUACGACGCCGGCGACAACGUGAAGUUCGGGUUCCCGAUGGCGUUCACGGCGACGCUCAUGUCGUGGGGGCUGAUCGACUUCGGGCGGAGCUUCGGGGCGCACGCGGCGGAGGCGAGGGAGGCGGUGCGGUGGGCGACGGACUACCUGAUGAAGGCGACGGCGACGCCCAACACGGUGUACGUCCAGGUCGGCGACGCCUUCCGCGACCACUCCUGCUGGGAGCGCCCCGAGGACAUGGACACCCCGCGCACCGUCUACAAGGUCGACCCCUCCCACCCCGGCUCCGACGUCGCCGCCGAGACCGCCGCCGCCCUCGCCGCCGCCUCCAUCGUCUUCCGCGACGCCGACCCCGACUACUCCAACCGCCUCCUCGACCGCGCCAUCCAGGUGUUCGAGUUCGCGGACAAGUACAGGGGCCCAUACAGCAGCAGCCUGCACGCGGCCGUGUGCCCCUGCUACUGCGACUACUCCGGCUACAAGGACGAGUUGCUGUGGGGCGCGGCGUGGCUGCACAAGGCGUCGCGGCGCCGGGAGUACCGCGACUACAUCAAGCGGAACGAGGUGGUGCUCGGCGCCAGCGAGGCCAUCAACGAGUUCGGCUGGGACAACAAGCACGCCGGCAUCAACGUCCUCAUCUCCAAGGAGGUCCUGAUGGGGAAGGACGAGUAUUUCCAGUCGUUCCGCGUGAACGCCGACAACUUCAUCUGCACCCUCCUCCCCGGCAUCUCUAAUCAUCCCCAGAUCCAGUACUCCCCAGGUGGGCUGCUGUUCAAGGUGGGCAACAGCAACAUGCAGCACGUGACGUCGCUGUCGUUCCUCCUCCUCGCAUACUCCAACUAUCUCAGCCACGCCAACGUCCGCGUCCCCUGCGGCACCUCCUCCGCCUCCCCCGUCCAGCUCCGACGCGUCGCCAAGCGCCAGGUGGACUACAUCCUGGGCGACAACCCGCUGCGGAUGUCGUACAUGGUGGGUUACGGGUCGAGGUACCCGCUGCGGAUCCACCACCGGGGGAGCUCGCUGCCGUCGGUGGCGGCGCACCCGGCGCAGAUCGGGUGCAAGGCCGGGGCGACCUACUACGCCAGCGCGGCGCCCAACCCGAACCUCCUGGUGGGCGCCGUGGUGGGCGGGCCCAGCAACACCAGCGACGCGUUCCCCGACGCGCGGGCCGUGUUCCAGCAGUCCGAGCCCACCACGUACAUCAACGCCCCGCUCCUCGGCCUCCUCGCCUACUUCUCGGCCCACCCCAACCUGGCCCAGUCCGAUCUCCUCUACGACUGAAAAUCUGACGGCCCAACACAAGUGGCCUUCCCCGUUUUGCAUUGGCCGUAGUGGGCCGAUUUGAUCGAGUAAUUGGUUAGUAAUUUAGUAUUGAUCCUGUAGCGUGUGCCGAUCCUUUCCUGUAAAAAAUGGCAGGAACGGGGAUUGGUCGUAGCGUGGUUGUAUGCACUGUACCCUAGCAUUUUAGUAGCAAUUUAGCGUAUGCUGGAUGCGAUGUCUUAUUGGCAUCAGAUGUCCAUCCGGCUAUGCGAUGCAUUCUGUUCGGCUAUCUACUCUAAGCAUCCUUUGUCAAGUGUCAAGGGGGCCGGAAUUAGUGCCAGGAUUAAGCUUUAAGCUAAGCAUAUCUGUAACGUCGUCGUCCACAAGACAUGUCAUGUGCAGCAUUGGGCCUUUUUCCGGCUUUUGGGAUUACUCCUCGCUGGAAUCCAAAGCUUUGCUUGAAGCAGGCAGCUAUUCUCGUA